CUGCUCACUUACGUUUACGAAUCUUGACGAUUUAUUUGUUUCGCCAAAAUGGAUGCUUUAUAAACGAAAAAAAAACUGAAGAUUAAAAAAAAGAAAGUAAAUGAACGAUUCUAUUGAGAAAUAAGUUUUAAAUUGGAAUAAGAAACCAUGAAUCGAGUAGAAUUUCUUUUGCUUUUGCUACCAUCUACCUCAGUCAUUGAGCACUAAAAAAAAAAACACCUUAGUACUGGACUGUUUCAACGUUUCCUUCAGAAACCCUACUUUGGCAAAUCCAGUCUUUUGUUUUAGUUCACUAUUUUGUUUUUCUCCUUUUAUAUUAUAGAAAUAUUUAUUUUAACGGAUUAACUAGAAAUUCCCAACUACUAAAGAAACGUUUGCUACAAUAACGAUUUAAGGAAUUGUUUAUGAAAAUAACAAAAUUCUUCUUUCAAAAUGCAAAUUCAUUUGUAAAGAGGUGGAAAGCGCAGCCCUUUCAAGUGCAAUGGCCUCGAAAACACGAUAAAGUUUUUGUGGCCAUGUCUGGAGGCGUGGACUCGAGCUUUUCGGCUUAUUUAUUAAAAAAACAGGGGUUUAAUGUGGAAGGUGUUUUUAUGCGAAAUUGGCUUGAUGAAGAUGAUGCACCAGGCGGAUGCCCCGCGGAACAAGACUGGUCCCUUGUUCAGAAAGUAUGCAAACAACUAGAUAUUCCUUCGCGGAGGUUUAAUUUUGAAAAGGAUUAUUGGACUCGGGUAUUUGAACCGAGUCUGGAGCUAUACGAGCAAGGAUGUACGCCCAACCCAGAUGUCCCUUGUAAUCGCUAUGUCAAAUUUGGAGCCUUGUAUGAGGCAUUAGAAAACGAAAUGUCUCGGGAGUGGGAGAAUGGCUCUUGUUCUACUCAACAAUGGUGGCUAGCCACUGGACACUAUGCGAAAACAAUGAAAAAUGCAAGUAAUAAUCAAGUUGCACUUUGCUUACCCAAAGACCGAUGGAAAGACCAAACAUUAUUUUUGUGCACGGUCCAAGAAAAAGCUCUUCAGCGAACAAUAUUUCCGCUACAUAAUCUAGAAAAAAAAGACGUUAAGAGGAUGGCCGCUCAUGCCGGGCUAAAUGAGAGUGCCGAUCGACUCGAAAGCCAAGGACUAUGUUUUGUAUCACCAAAUGUAGGAAGCCACUUUCGAAGCUUUUUGGGUCGAUAUCUAGCUUCAUCGAAUGAACCUAUACGCGUCGUAGCAAAUGGGAAAGUGGUUGGCUUCUACCCUCCAUCUACAGGUUGCUGGUCUUAUACAAUUGGAGAGCGCUGUGGCUUGAGUCUUCCGCAGGGCGAUCCGGAAUUUCAAGGGCGAUGGUAUAUCUGGAAGAAAGAAGCUUCUACAAACACGAUUUUCAUUUGCCAUGGAAGCAUGAACCCAUUACUAUUUCGAAAACGAAUUCGAGUCAAUCAUUGGACAUGGUCGACUGAGUGGAUCCGACAAGAAGCGAGCAAAUCGAAAGGGCCCAUUGAUUGUUCUGUGCGUGUACGACAUCAGCAAACACUCGAGCCCGCAAAGGCUUUAUUUCAAGGAGAUGGUUUAUUAGUGGUUGACUUUUUGAAUCCUCAACGGGCAUUAACGCCUGGUCAAGUUUUGGCAAUGUACAAUGAUGAGUUGUGUUUGGGAGGAGGAUCCAUUGCAGCAGACGAGCCAUAAGAUUUUUUAAGAAGAAUCCUAAGAUAGCUAUAUUUUGAAAAGUCUUAUAGACAUUUAUUUGCUAUGAUAAAAUGAUCUGUUUACUACCUACCUCAGUGCGAAACAAUCUGUUCUCAACCCCCACCUGGAAUUAAUUACCAAUCCCCACCUAGUUUAUUCCACUAUGGAUUUCGAUACGUGAAAAAGGAUAGAUGGUAAGCCGCCGCUUGACGAAAGCUGUACAGUAACAUGGGGUCAGAUUGAAACGAGAAUGGAAGCGAUGAGUGGGACAGUGCGUCUAUUCGAUAACUCAAUGAUUCUUGCUGAUGAUUCUUUCGAUUUUUCGUUUUUCUCUAACCUAUUUCAAAAGUAUUCGCCGGUAGAAUGUGCGAGUUCGUAAAGGAGGGUCAGGAAGAUAAUAUAAUAUGAAUCACACGCAAGGUACUAAAAAAAGGCGGCAAGAGUUUUAGUUUGAUGCGUUUCUGUUUAUUGACGACUGAACAAGUUUUAGAGCUUGCUAACAAAGAUGCAAAAGGAAAAAUUAUGAAAAAAGGAAUAUAAACAAAUGAACUUCUAGACGACACAAUAAGUUUGUGCGGGAAAUACCUCGCUUCCAGAACACGAGGAUCCGGUGAAUCUUAUUCAGUGAAUUAUGAAAGCCCCACAUCACUGCCUACUCUGCUGCUAAACAUGAAAUCAACACACACAACCCUGAGUGAUUCUUACAAACCAAUCAUGAAGACAAAGGGUCACUCUCAAACAAUCCAGAAUAAAAAAAAAUAAUACCUGAAAAUGAGGCUGAAACAACAUCUUGCUCCUCGCUUUACCAAUAAACACAAACACUCAUGUAAAUCUUUCUACUGAAUAAGGCAUUCCUUUCUUCUUCGUUAAAAGAAUGUUCCGAAGCCUCCUAGCGUAGUGAACGUGCUGGUUAUCUUAUCUUAUGAACCCAUUCCCCAAUCGUCUGUCAUUUUUUAUUUCCCCUAAAAAGUCGUCGAAUCAUUGGCGGACUUUAUCUUCCAGCUUGCACCAAGCUCUCUUAUUUUCUCUCUAUCUUCCAAUCAAAUUGCUUCAUUUUUGAUUUGCAAACCCUUACCCUAUAUUUAUCAAUGGGAUGAGCAGAAGUAGGCGACCUUGUCGGUAACAAAAUUUGACACUGUUAUUUUACACGUAUAUAUAAUACUCGGCGGCCCUGCCAACUACCUUCUCCAAACACCGCUUUUCCUACCAGGAUUAGGUAAAAAAAGACACACAAAUCCUUCCCCUUUUUAUUUUAAUUUUAUAAUUUUAAUCC